UGACCUUAUUAUUAUAAUUUUUUCAAAAAUAAUAAUUUAUUUAUUUAUUAUCAUCGUUAUAAACACAACGAUAGCGGCCGACGCAAACGUCGUUAUCGGUAAGACUACGAUAGCAACGCACAUAAAAAAUAAUGAAAGCAAUGCAAAAAAACGAUUGUACUGUUGUCAUAUUGUGUUCACUGUCUAGUGUUGACGCAUAUGACUUGAGUCUAAAACGACGUAUCUAUAUUAUUAAUUCGGCGGCUAAAAAACCGGCACUCGCCUGUUGAACAGCCGCAAUCUUAUUACUAUUUACAAUGUUAAUUUAAGCACUUUUCUCAAGUAAAUUAUAUUAUUAAGAUAUCGCUAAAUGCUAAUCGUCGAUUGAAUAAAAAUACAUUGGUGUACUAACAGUUCGACAUACUUGCGCACGAAAUUUAAAGACAGCGUUUUGACUAAUAAUUAUUAUUCCUCGUAUUUAAUUAGUAAAUAUAGGAGAAGAUAAAAGCGGCUCUACACAAAUGAUCAUUAAAACCGGUUAAAUUGUUUGGAAGUGUUAUCAUUGUACUCUAUCGACCUUAUUAAAUGAUAAACUAUUUUUUACCUCAAAAAUGUAUUUGUUAUUGUUGUUUCACCUAACGUGGCUAUAGUGCAUAUUAUUUUACAUUUAUAUUAUUAUUAGGUAGGUAUUAGUUGGAAGUGAUAUCUCCGUAUGAAAACAUAUUAAAAUCACAAAGUCUUUUAACAGGUGCUCUUUGUAGUUCAAUAGACAAAUUGAAGGGUCCCGAGCAAGAACCAAGUAUCUCCACUUUUUAUAAAAAAUUGUUUUUUUAUGGUAAAAUGUUCAUGUGAAAAUGGAUAACCUUUUCGAGCAUCAAACAAUAAAAUCGGACAACUACCUACAAAGAUAUUACAAGAGGCAUUUUUUCCCGUCAAUGGUGGUAAAUGAGACAAUGGAUGUUUUUUUGGCUGUCCUAAACAAUUUAAAAAUAUGGAGAUACCUGAUUCUUGCUCUGGACCCUUCAAUUAUUGUUGAUCUAAAAUGGACUAAAAAUGCUGUUGUUUACAUAUUAUGAAAUUAAUACCUUUUACUGUCAAUCAACAGAUAUCACAAAUAGUGCUAGAACCUUAUUUCGUUUAGGUGUAUAAUUAAGAUAUGUUUAAAAGUUUAAAAAAUGGAAAAUUGAUUUCCUUUGUUACGAGAGGGGAAAACUUUCUUCGACGAGGCUCUAAAUUACAUAGUUUUAAAUUAUUUAAUUUUAUUCAUACUCAUGUACUUUAUGAAGAUAAUUCGACAGGUAGAGCAGAAUAGUUGUUUUUUAGUUUGUUUUAGAAUAUAAUAUUACUAAGAAUAAACUCUAAAUUUUAAGCAAUACAAACAAUAUUGACUUUCUUGCAAAUGUCAUAGACAUAACUUGAUUUUUAACAUUAAACAUCAACAACAAUGUAUUCUCAAGCAACCGCAGGACCCGAAUUUUAUAUUUAAAACUUAGUUUACAAAUUUAACAUAUAUAAUUUAUUUGUAUGCAAUACUGUCAAAUUUUUGUGUUUUAAUAAAUAUAGAUUUGUUUAUAAUUAAAAUUCUAACGUCCUACAAAAUUCUUACCUAGGUAAGUAUAGGUGAUAUAAAUAAAGUGAAUUUUAGUCAAUAACGUUGGUCUCGUUUACAACUACUCACAUAAUAGUUCAAAUGUUUUUUAAUUGUUUAUUUUCCAUUUUAAUUGUAAAAAAACAACGAUCAAACCAGACAAAGUUAGUCGGUAUAACCAAUGUAUUUUAAUGAAAUAACGAAUUUAUAACAUUUAGCUAAAAUUACGAGCAAUAUAAUAAUAUUCGUCGUUAAAUCAUUUGAAACUUAAAAGAUAACGUUAAUGAUAUAAUUUUUGUAAUACCAGUCAAGUGUCAUAUGAACGCAUAAAGUUAUCGAUUGACUGUAUAAUUUAUACAAGUGUAUUAUUUUCUAAUUGCCUUUUUAAAAUAACGUUGAUCUAAUACUUAUAAAACAUUUUAUACGCCAAUUCCUAUAGUCCAGUAGCUAAUAAUUAUUAACUAAACUAUUUAUAUUUAUAAUUUUGCUGUUUUUUAUGUAAAAUGUAUACAACGGUAUACAUGCCACUACGUUGUAUUUAUUAUUGAGUAUAGAUACUUUUAACUCCAAAAACGUUUUGUUGGUUAAUUCAUCAAACGUCGAACCGCAGUUAUUGUACGCCUCUGGUUUAAAUGACGGUAAAUAACCGGAAUAAUAGAUAAACAUGUUAUCUACAGGAAUUGCAUUCAAGUAGAAAAAUGGAACACCACCGAAACGUCGAGGAAACUGCACCGGAAAAUGCGUCGGUCCAGUUAUUGGAAAAUUACUUUUGCCAAAAAUUUCAAGUCGGUCAACCCGAGUACUACGUCAAAGUACCCGGCAGGGUAAACCUGAUUGGGGAGCACGUCGACUACUGCGGGUAUUCGGUUUUCCCCAUGGCCAUCGAUCAGUGCAUCAUAGUGGCGGCCAAGAGGUUAAUCGGUCAGAACACUAUUCGGCUGACAAAUCUGAACACAGAACAAUACCGAGACGUCGUACACGACUUAACGGAUAUUAAUGCAGACGUAUUGGGCAAAAGUCCGUGUUGGUCAAAUUAUUUUUUGUGCGGUGUCAAAGGGGCUCAAGAAUAUAUGAAAGAAAAUCAGCGGACGCCGCCAAAAGACGUUGGAUUUGUGUUCGCCGUCGUGGGUAACAUACCAGAGAGUUCUGGACUAAGCAGUUCGAGCGCACUGGUCACUGCCGCUGUAACGGCCAUCCUAGCUGGAUACGGGGUGCCCACCACUAGGCAUCAGUUGGCAGAAAUAAGUGCCAAGUGCGAGCGGUACAUUGGCACGGCCGGUGGUGGUAUGGACCAAGCAAUAGCCGUACACGCUAAACAAGGUUACGCGUCGCGCAUAGACUUCAACCCGUUGACAAUCAAACAGUUUCGCUUGCCUAGCGACGCCACGUUCAUCAUAGCUCAGAGUCUGGCUACCAAAAACAAAGCGGCUUCCAACGAUUUCAACACCCGAGUUGUGGAAUGCCGACUAGCCUCGCAGAUUAUCGCAAAGCAGCGUGGUCUCGAUUGGAAACAGUUGACCGUGUUGUCGCGACUCCAGAAGAACCUGGGAUACACCUUGGACGAAAUGAUCGAGUUGGUUCACCAGCACUUGCACGUGGCCAGUUAUUCCAAAAAAGAGGUUUGCGACUUGCUGUCGGUUUCGGGAGACGAACUGGAUCGAUUAAGUCUAACGCCCAACACGCGGCAAGUACCGGAAUUUUCAUUGCACCAAAGGGCUCUACACGUUUUCGAAGAAGCCAAACGAAUGGAACAAUUCUGCGAGGAAUGCGAAACGUCGGCCUCGGCUUCGAAACUUGGAGAACUCAUGAACUUGAGUCAUUCGUCUCUGCGUGACCUGUACCAGUGCAGUCAUCCGGACCUAGAAGAGUUGAUCGAACUGUGCUUACAAGGCGGAGCGUACGGGUGCAAACUCACCGGAGCUGGAUGGGGGGGAUGUAUUGUUGUGAUAGUAGCGUCGAGCGAAGCACAGAGUUUUAUAAAGUUCAUAAAAGAACAAUUUUACUCGAAGAAAUCCGUCGAAGAAAAAAGACUGAACCAAGUGAUAUUCGCUACAAACCCUUCGGAAGGCACUUGCGUGUAUGUGUCGCCUACAACCGUAGCCAACCAAUCAACAGAACUUCCUCCUUUGCUACGUUUAUAACAUAAUAUAAAACUGAUAAUUUAGAUGUUAUGUAAAUCAUAGUACAAACUAUUUUUUUUUUUUUGCAAAUAGACAAAUUAUACAUUAACAUUCAAUGUACAAUCAAAUAUGUACAUUAUUUAAUGCAACUAUUUUGUUUUUACUGGAAUUAAUAAUACUUUAUGGGGUUUUCUUAGUGUUUAAUCAUCCAUAUAUUUUAAUUUGGUGAUAUUGAUAUUCAGUAGUCAAUAAAAAUGUAAUAAUUUUUUUUGACUAUAAGAUACUGU